UGCUCUCUGCGUUCGUAGCUGGGGUAGAGGUGAAGGCUGUUUUCCUUCCCCGUCUUCAGCCGGCAGUCCCAGCUCCGAGCAGGAAGAUUGAACAGAGGAAGAUGAACGGAGCAGCUUCUCAGUGUUGAGCACAUUCCCGUUGCGUGUUUGUCUGGUGGCCACCGCCGCAGGGGUGUGAGCCUACUGGUGAAUUUGGGGAGCGUUCUUCCUGUUCACAAACACAGAGUUGGGGCUCGAGGUACUGCAGCGUUUAUGGAAAGUUGGCAGGUGCCAGGACUGCUUAUUAAUUGGGGUUCUCCGUCCCAGCAGGAACUUUUGAUUCACACCUGAGCUGUUGGGUGUGGUGGAAACAGUGCCGCUCUGGGAGCCAGGACAUGAGUUCUAGACCUCAUUCUGCCCGGAACCCUGUGCCUAGAAGCCACAGCCACUCUGGACUUCCAUGUCCUCAGAGGAUGAGGAUGUUGGGGAAGCUGAUCCAUAAGGCCCCUCCCAGUCUAGAAUUCUAUGAUUGACUUACUCUCAAAAGUUUGGAAAAUGAACUCAUUUUUCAACCUUUCUGCACCUUGAAUUAUUAUAGAAUUAGCCAAAUAUUUCCUAUGGGUGUAUUCGUUUGAACUUUUUAUGAUGUGAUUUUUUCCCCCCUCUCCUUGCCUUAUUUUGGGAGGGAAAGCAAAGCUGAAAAUGGAGUAGGCCUCAGCAGAAGAAAACUGGUUUGGGAGGCAGAAAGAUGCCUACUCUGGGCUUACCCUCACAGCCAGGAAUUUUUCAUUCCAAUGCAUCAAGUUCAAGGUGUGCCAGCACUGUGAGCCCAGAGAAUGCUUUCUUCAGCUCCAGCCUAUGGGGACUGCAGUUGCUGUGCAGCAGUGGAAAAAUGUAAUUCAAGGAUCGGGUUAUGGAAAACUUUUUUUUUUUCCUCCAAAACAUAACCCAUAACCUCUGAGGACUUAGAAGCAUAGUUUCCCUUCUUUACAGGUGGUGUUUGGGGACAGGGGGGAAUUUUAAGGCAGUUGCCAAAGGUAGGAUGGGGGCAAGUUAUUUUUACCUACCCCUCUUUUGGAAAGGGAGAGACCCAGGUUCACAUCUGAGGUAAUAGUAAAUGCUAAGAAGUCACACUGGACAAUAAAAACCAAACGGGCAGCAGUCAGAGGAAGCCCGUAGAGGGUGGUAGGGAUGGAAAGAAUUUUCUGGUAGCCAUUUUUAUUCUUUGUGAAGUGUUUGGAUAUUGAGAAUCAUGAACUAAACAUCUGCACACCAUAUGAUGGGAAAGACACUGUCAGAAUUGGAAUAUCAGACAGGGAAGUGGCACCCACGUUGAUUUGGUGCAAUGCCCUGAGGCCCCAGGGCUGAGGAGGAAAGAGGAAGCAGAGGAGACCCGCCCACUGGAGGAGCAGCUCAAAGUCUUCAGCAUACCUUUGGCAGACGGGCACUUGAGGAGGGGAUGUGUACCCCACAUUUUUCCGGGCCGGUCUUGCCUCUUUCCAGCCCCCGGGUCAUUAACUGUCAAGAUUAGUUCAGACGUUGUUGUGGUUCUUCACCAAAAAGACUGCAAGUUUGCAGCCAUGUCCUCAGGAGCGGCAGGACCCCAGGGUGGUGCCUAGGGGCUAGCGGGGGGUGGCAGGGAUGCCCAGUGUGGAACGGGGGACCCAGCAGCCAGGUCCCCUCCCUCCAGCUACACAUAGAGCAGCUCUGCUUUUGCCAUUUAUUUCCCCCUCUCCUUCCUUUCUUAUUUUAUAUGCUGUUCUGAGUAAGAUUUUGUUUGGGGGAAAGAGAGUCAAAUGCUAAACAGAAAGUUUAGAAAUCACGGUCAUGGCCAGUGUUUUUGAAUUUUGUUGUUGUCUUUAUUUCGUGGAAAUGGCUUAGAACUGUGCCUGGCCCACAGUAAGCAUUCAUCAUCAUCAUCACCAUCUUCAUCCUCAUCAUCUUCAUCAUUUCCUUACACCAUGAGGUUGUGGUUAUUUUUUUCCCUAUUUUAUUGCUACCAAGUCACAUACAACUGGUGCAAGAUUUCCCACUUCCCACGUAGACUUUCCUACUAAUUAAAAGACGCGUUCCUCAGUAUCAUGGAAUACAUUAUUCCAAAGCCGUUCAAGGAUAACUUUAUGUACCAAGCAGAUGUUUCUGAUCCACCGAAUGCGGCCUUUGCCGCAUUCCCCUGGGCAAUCCUAGGUACCACGCUGGGUGGACAGGUGAAUUUACCUGGUGAGCACUUCUGUGUUUAAAGGGAGAGCGGGCAAAUCCGAACAGCUAAGGAUCAGGCAGCUGGUCCAUGGCAAGAAGAGUGAUGAGGAUUGUGGGGCUCAUACAUUCCCUCCUCAGCACGGACUGCAAAGGGGUGCUACCAACUGUGAUCUUAUUCUAGAACCAGUGCCUUCAAAGACUCUGCUCUCCAGGACCUGAACCAUGGCAGUGGUCAGUGGGUGCCAAGGAGGAGAGGAGUGAGUAGCCAAGGUUCUUUGUGUGCUAGUUGUAACCUUAAAGAGAACUAUUUUCCAUCUUUAAAAGAUAGUUUGAGGGCUUAGGAACAAAAACAAACAAGCAAAACCCCAAUGCUGCAUUUAAACACACACACAACAGCAUGUUUAAAACCAAAUGGUCCAUAGUUGGUAUUUUUUGCUAGCCCGUUUGCCCCACUUUGAUACUUUUACAUUUCUGUGAGAUGGAUUCGGUGCCAAAUAAAACGUAAGCUUGGUAGCAGGUGCUUUCGCUUAGUAGAAAUCCUUGAUUGGCACAGUUAUGAACUUGAACACGACCUUUCACCUGACUUUCUAGCAUGGGUGGGCGCUGUCUCCUGUGCCUGUAACACCACUGUUGUCCUUGCCAUGGAAAACAGUGGGCAUUUGAGUUCUCUUCGUGGUGUUGGCUACGGAGACACAGCCCAUGGAUAGUCUUAGGUAAUCUUUACCACCACUCCGACUCUCUGAAUGGUUACGGAAUUUGCUCAAAGUUUCCAGCUAGUAAGUGGUGGCUAGGGUUCAAACCUGGCAGUGUGGCUCCACCCAAAACCCAUUCUUUACCAUCCACCUCUUCUGUCUCCUGAAACACGGCUCAGGAUUAUACCUGUGAGCACUCUAGUCUCCCAGUUCCCUCCCCACGUCUCAGCUCUUCUCAGUUAAAGUUGGGUUAUCAUUUUAAUACCCUGUUGUUGCUCCGCGGAACUCACAGGUCUGGGGGACAGAAAAAGUGAGAUUAUGAAGAAGUCUUCAUGAUCGAGCUAAAGCGUCCUACAUACGUGGUGGCAUCUUUGUAGCUAUGACAGCCCCCUGCGUCAGCUUGAGAGGAGUGAGUGAGUUACUGGGUCCUGUAUUUGACCUUUUUCUUCUGUCCGCUUGAAAUCUCUGGUAAAUGUGCGGUCACUUAAAACGGUCUGCUCUCGGAAUCGAGGUUGCUUACACGUUUAUUGAUUUGUAAUUAACUUAAUGGAAGAACAGAUCGCAAUAAAUCAACAGAGGAAAGGUUUUGUUUAUGCGCUCAUUUUGCCAGUAAUCUUUUGUUCUGCUCAUACCCCAUCUUACUACUUUCUCAUUUCUUUGGAGCCAGAAGAGACAGGUGGCGUCACGUUUAAAAUGAGAGGAUGAUAAAAUCCUUAUGUUCCUUUCUAGGAGACUAAGGACUGUUGUCUGGUAGUACUGUUGCUGGGAUUCUCAAGUAAUAAAAAGCUCAGAAGCCAUUAGCAUAUAAAAUGCCAUGCUCCAUGGAUCUCUGAAUUAAGAAUUUCAUAGUUAGCCUUUUGUUGUUGAUUUAACCAGGUAUCGAUGACUUUGAGUCUAUGUGGGAUCGUUGGAUGGUAGAUAUAUAGUAAUUUAAAAUACCGUAUUAGCUUGCUUGGUAGUUGGCUUUUAUGAAUAUUAGGGUUAGUCUUCUAGCAGAGGAAAAAGUAAUGUAAUUGGAAGUUGGUUCCUCAAAAAGACUCCCUUCCCUCCAGUUCAGAAAGAAGUGGGAUCUGAUUCCACAUCAAGGGUUAACUGUUGAAAAGAGAGAAGCACACUGCCCUCUCUUGUUCCUGAUACAGCGGACAUGAGCUCCCUGCUCUCUCCAGGCUUGGGAUAGCCCCCGUGGGUACAGUGGGUACAGACGGCACCACGGCAUGGAGGUGGGCGGGGGAGCUCAUCAGGCAGUGGUCUUUGAACAACUUGUGUCUCUCCUCUAAGUCAGGGCUGAGAGUUCUCGGAGCCUUUAGUCCCCCAGAUUUAGAAGUGAACUGAAUUCCUUCUUGCCUGGUAAAGAGAGAAUUGUUUUCUAGGUCUUAAGAUGACACCUGGUACAUCGUGGCCGUGUUUGUGGACCUGUGACAGGAAGACCUCACCUGUCCCGUGAGGUCUCUAGAGUGACCAGAAAAGAAGUGACCAAGUUCAGUCCUGGAUGCUAGUCACCAGCCAAGCAUUAGGUACCGUGUGGAGAAUAGCCAAGGGGUCAGUGAUGCUGGCAGCUUCGUGUCUGGUGGCCUCCGUCUGCUACUUCAGGAGGAUGCACUGCGAUUUAGGGCGCUGGCUGAAAUGGUGGAUUGGAUAUCUGCAGAGAAAAUUCAAAAGGAACCUCAGCGUGGAGGCAGAGGUCGAUCUGCUCAGUUACUGUGCGAGAGAGUGGAAAGGAGAGACGCCACGUGCCAAACUGAUGAGGAAGAGGAGCUGAAAACCAACUUCUUCUUUUUGUGCGGACAGGCUUACGAGGAGCUCUUUUGGCGGCAUCACAUUAAAUGCGUCCGACAAGUAAAGAGAGAUAACUAUGAUGCUCUGAGGUCAGUGCUCUUUCAGAUAUUCAGCCAGGGCCUCUCCUUUCCAUCCUGGAUGAAAGAGAAAGACAUCGUUAAGCUUCCUGAAAAACUGCUCUUUUCACAAGGUUGUAAUUGGAUCCAGCAAUACAGUUUUGGUCCUGAGAAGUAUACAGGCUCCAAUGUGUUUGGAAAAUUACGUAAAUGUGUGGAAUUAUUGAAAACACAGUGGACUGAAUUUAGUGGAAUUAAAGAUUAUCACAAGAGAGGAAGUAUGUGCAACAUCCUUUUUUCUGAUGUUCUUCUGGAAUAUAAACUCUAUGAAGCUUUAAAGUUUAUCAUGCUAUAUCAAGUCACUGAAGCUUAUGAACAAAUGAAGACUAACAAGGUCAUCCCCAGUCUUUUUCAACUCCUCUUCUCCCGGGAAACAUCAUCUGACCCUUUAAGCUUCAUGAUGAACCACCUGAAUUCUGUGGGCGACACGUGUGGUCUGGAGCAGAUCGAUAUGUUUAUUCUUGGACACUCCCUUGAAAUAAAGAUUAAAGUGUUCAGACUGUUCAAGUUUAACUCCAGAGACUUCGAGGUCAGCUACCCAGACUUGCCACCCAGGGAGUGGCCAGAGAUCUCUCUGCUGACGGAGAAUGACCGCCACUACCACGUUCCCGUCUUUUAAGUCUGGGGUGGACAGGGCACCAGCUCUCACCAAUGACAGUGGUCACACUUUCAAGGAAAGUCCAGCUGGAAAACCAAAACUAGCGUUGCAGCCACUGAAAGGUUGGGGACCUUCUUCUCUAGAACUGCAGGGGCACCAGACACAGGGGUGCACGGAUGGUGUUCCUUUGUUUUCCAGCAAUUUCCUCCAAACCAACCUCACUAAUAUAUUUGUGGGUUGGUGGUUUGACCUUGUUCGUAUGGGCUGUGGCCAUUUCACAGGCGGCAGGGCUUUCAGGGCACACGGACGGUAAAUUUGGACAGUAAAUUUGGACAGUACAACAGGACAAAAUCGAGAGGAAAAGGGAAAAAGGACUAAUUAGGAAAGAAUUUGUCUCUAACCUUGAUGUUCUUGUUGGGAACCUUGUCUCUGACUGAUUUGGGAUCUUCAUAAGCAUGGCCUUACUUUAGAAGCAUUACCUUCCCCGGAAUCUUUAUGGUAUAUUGAUUUUCUAGAACCACUUGAUUAACUGUAAAAUCGUGUGUGUGUGUGUGUGUGUGUGUGUACACACAUAUACACAUGUGUAUACAUUGUAUAGUUUUAUAUAUACAUACGUGAACACAUACACACAAAUAAUCACUACUUUGUAAUGUUGUACAAUUUGUUUUAUAUCGCUUUACAUUUUUUUGUUACUAUUGCAUCUGGCCGGUCCAAUCUGUUUUCUAUGGAUAAAAAAGAUUAAUUCUGUAGAUUAAGGCAACUGAAUGACAGUUAUUGAACUAUUCCAAAACAUUAAACUGUGGUGUAUUUAUUUAACAUGUAUAUUUAAUGUAGCUAGACUCAUGCUGCCCCCACCCCGCACCGUGUCUAUGUCCUAAUCUCCAGAACCUGUGAAUAUGUUGGAUUAAAUGGCAAAGAAUAAGAAGGUUGCAGGUGAAUUUAAGGUACUAAUCUGACCUGGAAAUAGGGAGGUUACUCGGGUUCUCCAGGUGGGCCCAAUGUAAUCCCAAGGGUCCUUAAAAGGGGAUGAGGGAAUUGGAAGAAGUCAGGGCCAGAGGAAAAUGUGAAAUACAGAACAGAGAGAGACGCAACAUUUCUGGCUUUGAAGAUGGAGGAAGGAGCCAUGACCCAAGGAAUGGAGGUGGCCUCUGAAAGCCAGAAAAGGCAAGAGAACAGAGUCUUCCCUAGAGCCUCCAGAUUUUAGCCCAGUGCGACCCGUGUCAGAUCUCCAGCCUGCAGAACUGUAAGAUAAUGCAUUUAUGUGGUUUAAGGCGCUAGGUUUCUGGUAGUGUGUUAGAGCAACAAUUGACAACUAAUAUAUUCAAGCUAACUAAUUUUUGGUCAUCUUUAUUUUGGAAAUACUUUUCUCGUUUAUUUUGUUAAUCUUUAUUUUGAAGGUACUUUGCUGGUCUGUUUUGAAUUUCAAUAAAUACAAAAUAACUUUUAAAAUCUUGACCAAUGAGACACUACUUCAAAGGUACAAAUCCAUUCCAAGAGGGACUUAACAUUUUUGAUGCUAACGUUUUCUCCCAUUUUCAUACUGCUUCCACUGUAAGUAAAAUAUGGGAUAUUAAAUGCUGUGGUAUAUGAAAA